CAGGAGCGGCAACAGAAGUAUCACAUUUCUCAUUUACAUUAUUUUUUCCUUCAUGCUAAUUUCAUAGCAUAAUUACAGAACAAUGCAAUCAAAUGACCUGUUGAAGGUGUGAUACAUGUCUAAUUAUGUAUUCAUUCUUUUUAUUUCAGAAAAAGAAUAACAUUUUCUGAUGAAUCCAAAGAUAUCGCUAACAGAUUGUCUUGCUCAGGCAUUGAAAUGGAACAUUUAUGUGUAAUUCUUAUGCUUAUAAGUAAAACUUUAAUAGUGAAGGCACAAUUCAAUGGAUUCAACUGUGAUGGCAACUUCCACAGCCGCUUUCCUGCUGAGCGGGACAUCAGUAUAUAUUGUGGAGUGCAGACCAUUACACUGAAGAUUAAUUUUUGCCCAGUGCUCUACUCCGGCUACACUGACACUGACCUGGCACUAAAUGGCCGUCACGGGGAUGCUCACUGCCGAGGGUUCAUUAACAACAACACUUUCCCUACGGUCGUGCUGUUCAGCAUCAGUCUCAGCACGCUAGAGGCCUGUGGGAACUCACUGGUGGUGUCCACGGCUCAGGGGGCCAAUGCUUAUGGGAAUCUCUCCCUGGUCCAGAUUGGUAACAUAGCAGGAUACAUUGACACUCCAGAUCCCCCAACAGUCAUCAGCUACCUGCCGGGACUGCUUUACAAGUUCAGCUGUAGUUACCCACUGGAGUACCUAGUCAACAAUUCACAGCUUGCUUCGUCAGCCGCAGCAAUAUCAGUGAAGGACAGCAAUGGUACAUUUGUGAGCACAUUGAGCUUACUCCUUUACAACGACUCCACAUACGUCCAAAACCUGGCGAUCCCAAUGGCCGGACUCACUUUGAAGACACGAGUGUUUGCAGCAGUAAAAGCCACCAACCUAGACAGGAGGUGGAAUGUUCUGAUGGACUACUGUUACACGACUCCCUCUGGGAAUCCUAGUGAUGAGCUCCGAUAUGACCUUUUCUUUGGCAGAUGCGAUAAGGACCCACAGACGACAGUGUUUGAGAACGGGAAGAGCCAGAUGGGCCGCUUCUCCUUUGAGGUGUUCCGCUUUGUCAAGCACAAGAACCAGAAAAUGUCCACCGUCUUUCUGCACUGUGUGACCAAACUCUGUCGUGCUGAUGACUGCCCGAUGCUUUUGCCUAUCUGCGGUAUGAGGAAGAAAAGGGAUGUGUCGGAAACAACUGGUACGGCCUCUGACAAUGCAGUCAUAACCGCCGGACCCAUCAUCACCAGAAGUGACGAAACUCCUACAAAUAAUUCCCAGCUAGCACAGUUAAACGGCCCUCAAUUCAAAAUGAAUUCAGUGACGAGCACUCUGAUUUCUGCCAUCACAAUCCUCGGCAUUAUGAGCAUGUGUUUCUUCAUCCUGUGUCUUACACUGCUGAGGGGGAAACGGACACCACCGACAUCUCUGUCUGGAGCCCACAACCCAGCUUUCAGCUAAACACACACACACACACACACACACACACACACACACACACACACACACACACACACACACACACAC